ACUGAGUCAAUGGAAAGAAUGAAUCAUACUGUUGUGUCUGAGUUUGUGUUCCUGGGACUUUCCAAUUCUUGGGAUAUUCAGCUUCUACUCUUUGUGUUUUCCUCUGUGUUCUACUUAGCAAGCAUGCUGGGAAACUCCAUCAUUAUGCUCACAGUGACUUCUGACCCUCACUUACACUCUCCCAUGUACUUCCUACUGGCCAACCUUUCCUUCAUUGACCUGGGAAUUUCCUCUGUCACUUCCCCAAAGAUGAUAUGUGACCUUUUCAGAAAGCACAAAGUCAUUUCAUUCUCUGGAUGCAUCACUCAGAUGUUCUUCAUUCACCUGAUUGGUGGUGUUGAGAUGGUACUACUCAUUGCCAUGGCCUUUGACAGAUAUGUUGCCAUAUGUAAGCCUCUCCAUUAUCUGAUUAUUAUGUGUCCAAGAACAUGUAUUUCGUUUCUGGCUGCUGCUUGGAUCAUUGGCUUCAUCCACUCUGUGGUUCAAAUGGCUUUUGUAAUUAAUCUGCCCUUCUGUGGCCCUAAUGAGCUAGAUAGUUUUUACUGUGAUCUCCCUAAAUUUGUCAAACUUGCCUGUACUGAUACAUAUCUACUUCAGUUCAUGAUCGUUGCCAAUAGUGGCUUUAUGUCAUUAGGAGUCUUUCUCAUUUUGAUCAUCUCUUAUAUUUUCAUCUUAGUCGCUGUUCAAAAAUAUUCAUCAAGUGGUUCCUCUAAGGCUCUCUCUACACUUUCAGCUCACAUCAUUGUGGUCAUUUUAUUCUUUUUUCCAAUUUUCUUUUUCUAUGCAUGGCCAUUUAGCACAUCACAUCUUGACAAAUUUCUAGCUAUCUUUGAUGUAGUUUUGACUCCCUUUCUGAAUCCAGUCAUCUAUACACUAAGGAACAAAGAGAUGAAGCUGGCAAUGAGAAGAGUGUGUAGCCAACUAGUGAGUUUCAGGAAAAUAUCUUAA